AAAAAAUGAGUCUUUUUUAGGGUUAAACAUCAGAAGACAAGCUUGUGCGGCUUCGGCCAAUCAGAUCCGCCCUGCCAGCUAUAAUAUAGUACUGAAGACAGCCUCUCGCACAAGCUCUCAGGCUUGCUACCAUUUAAAAUCAGACUCUUUUUGUCUUCUGCCGGCUGUCUUGAGCCCCAACUCCGAUGCGUUCCGUUAUCAGCGGCCAGCAGCCUGCCGUCCCAGCCCCCGUCUGGGUGCGGAUCGGUGGCGAGUCCCCCGCAGCGGCGGCGGCGGGCAAGGUUAUAUAGGAAAAGAAAGAGCGAGGCAGGGCGCGCGGGCGCCAGCAGCCAGCCGGAGCGAGGGAGACAGAGCGCGCACACUCGCACACCCGCACCCUCGCGCACUCGGACCUGCGCCGCCGGCCGCCAGGUCCCCGGGCUCCAUGGGCGAGAUGCUGCUGCUGGCGAGAUGUCUGCUGGUGCUGCUGGUCUCCUCGCUGUUGAUGUGCUCGGGGCUGGCGUGCGGACCCGGCAGGGGAUUUGGCAAGAGGCGGAACCCCAAAAAGCUGACCCCUUUAGCCUACAAGCAGUUUAUCCCCAACGUGGCGGAGAAGACGCUAGGGGCCAGUGGAAGAUACGAGGGGAAGAUCACCAGAAACUCAGAGCGAUUUAAGGAACUCACCCCCAAUUACAACCCCGACAUCAUAUUUAAGGAUGAAGAAAACACUGGAGCGGACCGGCUGAUGACUCAGAGGUGCAAGGACAAGCUGAACGCCUUAGCCAUCUCCGUGAUGAACCAGUGGCCGGGCGUGAAGCUGCGGGUGACCGAGGGCUGGGAUGAGGACGGCCACCACUCGGAGGAGUCGCUGCACUAUGAGGGCCGCGCAGUGGACAUCACCACCUCGGACCGCGACCGCAGCAAGUACGGCAUGCUGGCACGCCUGGCUGUGGAGGCCGGCUUCGACUGGGUCUACUACGAGUCCAAGGCGCACAUCCACUGCUCAGUGAAAGCAGAGAACUCGGUGGCGGCCAAGUCGGGCGGCUGCUUCCCGGGCUCGGCCACGGUGCACCUGGAGCAGGGCGGAACCAAGCUGGUGAAGGACCUGCGGCCCGGGGACCGCGUGCUGGCGGCCGACGACGAGGGCCGGCUGCUCUACAGCGACUUCCUCACCUUCCUGGACCGCGACCGCGGCGCCAAGAAGGUCUUCUACGCCAUUGAGACGCGGGAGCCUCGCGAGCGCCUGCUGCUCACCGCCGCGCACCUGCUCUUCGUGGCACCGCACAACGGCUCGGCCGCGGGGGCGCCCGAGGGGGCGGCGGCCGCCGCGGCGGCGGCCGCGGCGGGCGGGGGCGCGCCGGGGCGCCGGGCGCUCUUCGCCAGCCGCGUGCGGCCGGGCCAGCACGUGUACGUGGUGGCCGAGCGCGGCGGGGCCCGGCGGCUGCUGCCCGCCGCGGUGCACAGCGUGACGCUGCGCGAGGAGACGGCGGGCGCCUACGCGCCGCUCACGGCGCACGGGACCAUCCUCAUCAACCGGGUGCUGGCCUCGUGCUACGCGGUCAUCGAGGAGCACAGCUGGGCGCACGGGGCCUUCGCGCCCUACCGCCUUGCGCACGCGCUGCUGGCCGCGCUGGCGCCCGGGCGCACGGACCGCGGUGGAGCCGGCGACAGCGGGGGCGGCGGCCGCGUCCCGCCCGCGCCCGGGGCGCCGGGGGCGGCCGACGCGCCGGGCGCCGCGGGCAUCCACUGGUACUCGGAGCUGCUCUACCAAAUAGGCACCUGGCUGUUGGACAGCGAGGCCUUGCACCCGCUGGGCAUGGCGGUCAAGUCCAGCUGAAGGCCGCGGGGGCCGGGGAGGGCACCGGAGGGGGCGGGGCGGGCGGGGCGGGGGGGGGAGCGGACGCCGCAAAGGACACAGGGAAACGGCGCACGCAAUGAGACUUUAAUUAUAAUAAGAGUAAGGAUAAGAAUAAAGUAGGACCGUCCAAAGUAGACUAUAAGGAAUCAAAGACCCCGAGAAAUUCUGUCGUCAUCUUUAGUUUAUAUAUAUAUAUAUUUUUGAAUUUCUUGAUUCUUGAUUUAAUUUUGGUUAUUUUUUUUUCACCUCUCCUGGCUAUUUAUUUGUUUGGUAUGAAUAGAUGUUUUAAAAUAAUAUGAACCGGACCUUCAAGAGCCUUAAAUAGUUUGUUUCCUGGAUAAUUUAUUAUCAUGUGAACUGUACUCACAGGGGGAAAGAUUAUUUUGUGAGGCCAAGCCACCCGCUCAGAGUCUAUUUUUCUACAUGCCCCUCGUCCUGACUUUCAGAAAGCAGAAUUCUGUCCUCUCCACUCCUCCUUUGCAAUGCUCCUGCUUUUCGGCAAGUGUAAACUAAAACAAGCUUCAUGGGGGUCCACAAAUUAUAUUUUUAUACGCAGAAUUGUAAAUUAGAUUUUUGAGAGAUCAAUACUUAACUGAAUUACAUUUCAUUUUUGAAAUAGUGUAAAAUAUGAAAAUAUAUUAUUUUAAUUUAACUAGCUUCCAAUGUCACAGCCAUCUCCUGUAUUGUCUUCUGGGUUUAAUAUUUGCUUUGUCAUCACCAUUUUGGCCACAUUCUUGGAAGUCAAGACUGUUACACACUCACUCACUCACUUACACAUAACUUUUUUUUUUCUUGGACAAACUGGAAGAACUCUUAUUUUUAACUUCAAAGAAUUUAUUAGAAAAUAAUAUUUUUUAAAAGCGCACAUAGUGAUGAGCCCACAAGGAUGGAGCCUGUAGUUUGUACAGAGAAAAACAAAGGAUGUUUUUGCAUUAAUAAGUUGAGAAAUAACUGCUGUAAAUUUACUAAAAUGUAUUUUUGAAUAUUUUGUAAUAGUUUUAUAGAAAUAAAAUGUGCCGCGCACAGACUGGUUAGUGUAUAAUCACUAAGAA